AGGAGCUGAUGCUAGUUUUUAUUUGGCCAAUGUCAUACAGCAAAUCUGCAAGUUGACGAAGGUUCCAAAGAUCACUUGUAUUAUCGACAACAAGUCAUUAUUUGAAACCUUGAAAACGACAAAUGUCACAAAGGAUUUGAGAUUGCGAGUUGAUAUAGCCAGAUUGAGGCAGAUGGUGGAACAAGAUGAGAUUACUGUCAAGUGGGUUGAAGGAAAACACCAAUUAGCCGACUGCUUGACAAAACAUGGAGCGUCUCCAAACAAGUUGCUUGAGGUUUUGGAGACAUCCAAAAUAUCUCUACAAUAAUUGAUUGUAGUGAUUACCGUUGUGUUUUUUUUGAUGAUUUUAAUUUGUUUGUCAUGUUGACUAUGACAAACAGUUGCAACAUGCAAUUUGAUAUUCUACUUGUGUUGGCUUUAAAAUUGUGUUACUGGUGGCAAUGUUGAUAUUGCGAUUUGUGUUAAUUCUGUUGUUAUCUUUCAGUAACCAAUACAAUAGUAUUAGAGACUGGUGAAGCCUUCAAGUUACCUCAUCAAGGUAAGAAUCAUUUAACAGUAUGCACUGAAAUCACUGUAUUUUUUAAAUUUUGAUGGGUUUCAUAACCUUUUUGUGGAAGAUUAUUGGGUAAUGGCUUGCUGAAUGAACUUAUUUUUGUUGAUUUAAAUGUGUUUCUCAAAAACCGAUCUGUUUUACAUUUUGUUUUAAACUUUUGUUUACAAGCCGCAUACAAUGUUUCCAAAAUAAUGAUCUUUGUUGAUUCAAGUUUAUUCUUUGCUCAUUGAUUUUUUGACAUAGGUUUAAAAUUGUUGGUAAAGGGUAGUACAGAACUAAAGAGGAAAAUUUUUGUGUUUUUAACUGGUUGAUUUUUACAUUUUGUGUAAAUUUUUGUGGGAGAGGAUGGUAUCCAACCGAAUUGACUAAUUUUUCUAGAUUUAAAUUUGAUGUUUUCCAAACUAUGUCUUUUUCGUAUUUUUGUAUAAGCUUCUAAGGGAAGGACAAUAUUUAAAAUGCUAACUCUUGCAGGCCUCCUUUUUGACAUUUUAGAAUAAAAUACAAGGGUUUUCAACAUAAUCACUUAUAGGAUGUACAUAUUUGAGAUGCGUUAUUUCUGACAUUGUUAUUAUUUGUGUUGUGGCUGUUGGUGUUGUGACUGUUGGUGUUGUAACUGUCGGUGUUCUUACUGUCGGUUUUGUGAGUUGGUGUUGUGAGUGUCGAUGUUGUCAGUGUCGUUGUUGUAACUUUUUAUCAACUAGAUUUUACACCUUGCAAGCUGUUCUUUUUUAUUUUGCGUAAGAUUUGAGGAUUUAAUACGAUUUGAUAUUUGGCAUUUUGUGUAAAAUUUUAAGAACAUUUAUUUUUAUAUGCACUGCUGACCUCAAAAAAAUAUCUAAAGCAACCUAUUUUUUAUAGGCCUUUUGCCUAAGUGCAUUUUUCCACGGGCUUUAUCGACUAGUCUCUUGAAUAAUUUGAAAAUGCAUGAUGCAAAUGUAUGAUGUGUGAAAUCUAACCAGCUCAUAGUAAACACAUGUUGUUUUUAAAAUUUAUAUUUAAAAAUACAUAUAUAAUACAAAUGCGCAUUCCCUGAUUUUUUGUCACUAAGCAAGGGAGUGGAUUGCUAGUACAAUAAGUGUAAACAAGGGAAUGCCAUGUUAGGUCAUGAGCAAUAGAUGUAAGAAUUUAUUAAAUGUUUUAUUUUUUAAAGUUUUUUAUUUUUUAAGAGGAGAAUUUUUUUUUUAUUUCGCAAUUUAAAAAAAAGAGAACUACAAACUUUGGAAAAAAGUUUUGUCCAAAGUUUGGUUUUCAGACAUAAUUUUAAAACAUUAAUUUUCAAAGAUUUGGGAGGAAAUGUUCGAUAAAUUUAAUUUUACUAAGGAAUGAUAACAAACACCAAUAUUUAAGAGUUAACCUGUAUCAUACAUCUUUAGAAUAAAAUAUUUAAAGUACAAGAUUAUUCGAAAUAAUAAGCAAGCAUGUUGCAAUAACCAUUGCCAAAAUUGCAAAUAUGAAAAAUUGUGAAAUUAUUUGCUACACAGAUGCAACUCAUGCCAGUUUGAAGUGUGGAUCAUCACAAGGGGCAUUCAUCAUAUUUGUGAAACACCUAAGCAGGUUAUACCAAUCUGCUGGCAAUCAAAGAAACUACAAAGGGUAACCAAAAGCUCAAUUGCUUCGGAAAUACUUGCUCUGCGUGAAGGAGCUGAUGCUAGUUUUUAUUUACCCAAUGUCAUACAGCAAAUCUGCAAGUUGACGAAGGUUCCAAAGAUUUCUUGUAUUAUUGACAACAAGUCAUUAUUUGAAACGACAAAUGUCACAAAGGAUUUGAGACUGCGAGUUGAUAUAGCCAAACCGAGGCAGAUGGUGCAACAAGAUGAGAUUACUGUCAAGUGGGUUGAAGGAAAACACCAAUUAGCCGACUGCUUGACAAAACAUGGAGCGUCUCCAAACAAGUUGCUUGAGGUUUUGGAGACAUCCAAUAUAUCUCUACAAUAAUUGAUUGUAGUGAUUACCGUUGUGUUUUUUUGAUGAUUUUAAUUUGUCAUUUUGACUGUGACAAACAGUUGUAGCAUGCAAUUUGAUGUUCUACUUGUGUUGGCUUUAAAAUUGUGUUACUGCUGGCAAUGUUGAUUUUGCGAUUUGUGUUAAUUCUGUUGUUAUCUUUCAGUAACCAAAACAAUAGUAUUAGAGACUGGUGAAGCUGACUGGUUACCUCAUCAAGGAUAAAAUAUGGUUUGUUGGCUUCAGCAUAGUGGCACUGCCCUGGGAGAGCUUCUAUAGUUGUGUAAGAGAGAGAUGCGAAAUAAUGCCAGAUACUCAAAGAAUAUCACACCUAUAACAAGCAUACCCAUGACGAGGGUGAUAUUUUACAGAAUUCUGCACAAUUUUUAUUUGUUUGCAAUGUAUGAAAGAUCCAUUUAGGAUAACUGCUUAAAAGAGAGAGGAAACUGUUAUUUAGGAAAUUAAAGACUUGUCAACUUUAAAGUAGAAAAGUAACUGCACCAUCAAAAAGUUUAAUAUUUUUUAGCGAGAUUUUUUUAAGUUAAAAAGGUAUAUUAUGCCUUAUCCUUAAGUAAAUGAAAUAAUUAGUUUAUACACAAAAUAAAUUAAUACUAUCAAUAUGUGUCCUGUCUGUGUGUAUGGUAGAAUUAGCGAUAAAAAAAUAAAUAGAAUUUAAAAAAUUAGAAGACAGACACUGAGAAGCUGCAGAAAAAAUAGUUUACUAAAAAGUAGCAAACAAAAAGGUUCCACACAAUGCAACACAAUUCAUCAAAAAAAAAUGAAGGUGCUCACAAAAAAAAUGAUUGCACUAUGAAUCGUUAGGUAAAUAAUUGUGCUUAUAUUUUUUUGUGUGUUCAGUAAAAAAAAUAAAUAAACAAAUAAGCAAAUGGAUGAAUAUGAAAGAGCUACUUCACCCACUGAUAGUCUCAUUGAAAAUGAACAACUCAGCCCAAAACGUGAUGAUAAAAUCUUUCAAGAACGGCAAUUAAAUGGAGCUGAAAUCACAUUCUAUGAUAUUUGUUAUGCAGUUGACAUUAAAGCUGGUUGUUGUCAUAAAGCUUCAAAAGAGGUACUGCAUAACGUGAGUGGUAUUAUGAAACCUGGUUUAAAUGCUAUUCUUGGUCCAACAGGCUCGGGAAAAACUAGCUUAUUAGAUGUUCUUGCUGGACGUAAAGAUAGGAAAGGAAUCACAGGACACGUUCUUGUAAAUGGAGAACCACAACCUGAAAACUUCCAACUAUUGUCAGGUUUUGUAUCGCAGGAUGAUGUUGUCAUGGGAACACUAACAGUCCGAGAGAACCUUGCAUUUUCUGCUGCUCUCAGGCUGUCAAGUCAGUAUAGCUCACAUGAUCGAAAGUCGCGAGUGGAUAUGAUAAUUAAUGAUCUUGGCUUACUAACAUGUUCUGACACUAGGGUUGGAACAGACGAGAUACGUGGCAUAUCAGGGGGAGAACGCAAACGUACAAAUAUUGGAAUGGAGUUGAUCACGCAACCAGAAGUUUUGUUUCUGGAUGAACCCACAACAGGUCUUGAUUCUGCUACUGCAGCUUCUGUCAUGAAGCUAUUAAGAAGGCAAGCCAAGAAAGGACGGACAAUUAUUUUCUCUAUUCAUCAACCUCGUUAUUCAAUAUUUAAAUUAUUUGAUGACAUAACCUUGCUAUCAAAAGGUUGCGUUGUAUAUAAAGGAGCAACAAACGAUUCGUUGAGCUAUUUUGAAGCACUAGGUUACCAAUGUGAGACAUAUAACAAUCCUGCUGAUUUUUUUAUGGAUGUGCUUUAUCUUGAUGAGCGAAAAAAACAAGUUGAAAAUUCGCUAAGUGAUGCAGCUGUUCUGGAUAAGAAGGGAGAAGAAGAGAAGGCAGAAGAUAAGAAUAUCCCGUUAUCUCAGCACUACUUACGUUCUAAAUACUACAAAGAUGCCAUGCUUGAAAUUCAACCGAAAAUUGAAGUGCUGGAGAGAAACGACAACAUCGUGCAUAACAACGUGAAGGGAAAAUACGCUAGGUCUUUCUUUUCUCAGACCGGCAUAGUAUGUCGAAGAACGUUAAUGAAUAUAUUGAGAGAUGCACGAAGUCUCGGCAGUCAAAUAGCUAUUAACAUCUUAAUGGCUCUCAUCAUCGGAGGGAUUUAUUGGAAUGUUAAUAAUGGCCCAAACGGACUUAUGAACAGAGUGGGUGUUUUCUUUUUUAUGACAACAAACAUGGUUUUUGGAAACAUGAGUGCUGUCUCGUUGUUUAUAAAAGAACGACGAAUAUUUAGACACGAAUGCUCAAAUGGUUAUUAUCGUGUUUCGUCUUACUUUUUCGCGAAAGUUGUUUGCGAUAUCCUACCCAUGAGAAUCUUGCCAAUAAUGGUCUUCGCUGCCAUCUCUUAUUUCAUGAUCGGCUUACAAAAGGAAGUGGGCAAAUUUUUUAUCUUUGCACUUACUCUGAUCUUAUUGAGUUUAUCUUCUGCUACUCUCUGUAUUUUCGUCAGCAGUAGUAUUGAUAUUGUAGCACUGGCAAAUAUGGCUGUCUCGCUCAUGUUCGUGUUUAUGAUGAUAUUUAGCGGAUUUUUAGUGAAUUUAAAAGAAUUAGCAGCCUGGUUAAGAUGGAUAAAAUAUUUAAGCAUAUUUAAAUACGGAUUUUCGAGUUUACUCAUCAAUGAACUUCAUGAUAUGGCUUUCCAUGGGAAUAACACACAAACUGGAAACUCGUAUUUAAAUCAGCAGGGGAUGAAUGUUGAUAAUUUAUGGAUUAAUGAGAUAGCACUGGGUAGUAUAGCGGUUGUUUUUUUAAUCCUCUCCUACAUACAGCUUCGAAGAAUUAAAUUGCAUUCUUAAAACGAUGAAGCCUCGUUGGUGAUAUAAACCAUGUUUAAAUAUUUAGCCAUUUCUUUAUGUAGUAGUUGUUGGUUAGUGCAAUAUUCCACAGGUCCACCGGUCCUUAGAUUACACUAUAUUACACUAUAUCUGUCGCACGAAGUAGUGAUGCGGCUACCAUUUUGAACAUUUAAUAUUAUUUAUAUAGAGAAAAUUUAAUUUUUCUAAAUUUUAAAAAUUUCAAUAAUAUAUUGCAUAUUUUUUAUUGAGUAUAAAAUUUGAGUUUAAAACGUGAUCACGAAUAACUGGCAUUAAAUCAAACAUGGAAAUCUCUGUGAAUCAGAUAGCCUUCAAAGCAUAAAUUUUUAAAAGCAUUAACAACAACAUGUUUGUUUGACUCGUUUAUUUCGAACACGAAUAUAAAGUAGGAACAAACUGUCUGUAGUUCUAAAUUUAAAAUAAAAUAAAAAUAAUUUAAAAUGAUUUUUUUAUUGUCAUUUUUUAUUUUUUACGAAGUAGUAUACCAUAGUUAAUAUAUAAUUUACUAUUAAUUUUUUUUUAUGUAUUUAUUAAUUUGCAAUUUGUAGGCGUAUAUGCGUAGAUCGGUUAGUAAUCGUUGUGAGGUGAUUACGUGUGCGUAAUGAUGUAAUUCAUCCUCGAAAUAUUUCAGGGAUUCGCAUAUAAGCCGUUUUGAGGUAUUUUUUCAUGUCUUGUAAUGAGGAAAUUUGAUUGGUUAGCUUUAAGUUGAAGUGCAUUGAAAAGCGAAUUCGACGAGGAUGCGUCAUCUUGUCAAAGUGUAAAUUCAAUUGUGCAUUCUUAAACUGAAAUAGUUUUCCCUGUUAAAUUUAUUGAUUAUUGACUUUUUUUAAAAAUUUAAAGAAUAUAAAAAUUCCAAUUUUUGAUAUAUAUAGUUCGUUCGUUAGUUCGUUCGUUCGUUCGUUUGAAGAGACUUUUUUAUUGAAAAAUGUACCUGUGAAAGUAUAUUCAGUAUUAUAUUCCAAAG